AUCAUGGCGUCCAUGGGGACCCUGGCCUUUGACGAGUAUGGGCGCCCUUUCCUCAUUAUCAAGGACCAGGACCGCAAGUCCCGCCUCAUGGGGCUCGAGGCCCUCAAGUCUCAUAUAAUGGCGGCGAAGGCUGUGGCAAAUACAAUGAGAACAUCGCUUGGACCAAAUGGGCUUGACAAGAUGAUGGUGGACAAGGACGGCGACGUGACAGUGACGAAUGACGGGGCCACCAUCCUGAGCAUGAUGGACGUUGACCACCAGAUCGCCAAGCUGAUGGUGGAACUCUCCAAGUCACAGGACGACGAGAUUGGAGACGGCACCACGGGAGUGGUUGUCCUGGCCGGAGCCCUGCUGGAGGAGGCGGAGCAGCUGCUGGACCGAGGCAUCCACCCCAUCCGGAUCGCUGACGGCUACGAGCAGGCUGCCCGCAUCGCCAUCGAACACCUGGACCACAUCAGCGACAGCGUCCUGGUGGAUGUGCUGGACACCGAGCCCCUGGUCCAGACGGCCAAGACCACGCUGGGCUCCAAAGUGGUGAACAGCUGUCACCAGCAGAUGGCCGAGAUCGCAGUCAACGCCAUCCUCACAGUCGCAGACAUGCAGCGCAGAGACGUGGACUUUGAACUCAUCAAGGUGGAGGGCAAGGUGGGCGGGCGGCUGGAGGACACAAAGCUCAUUAAAGGUGUCAUUGUGGACAAGGACUUCAGUCACCCCCAGAUGCCAAAGAGGGUGGAGAACGCCAAGAUUGCGAUUCUUACGUGCCCGUUUGAGCCACCGAAACCCAAGACAAAGCACAAGUUGGAUGUGAGCUCUGUGGACGACUACAAAGCCCUCCAGAAGUAUGAGAAGGAGAAGUUUGAGGAGAUGAUCCAACAGAUUAAAGACACCGGUGCCAACCUGGCCAUUUGCCAGUGGGGCUUUGACGACGAGGCAAACCACUUACUGCUGCAGAACAAGCUCCCUGCAGUCCGCUGGGUCGGAGGGCCGGAAAUCGAGCUGAUCGCCAUUGCCACUGGGGGGCGCAUUGUCCCUCGCUUCUCAGAGCUCACCGCUGAGAAGCUGGGCUUUGCCGGGCUUGUGAAGGAGAUCUCGUUUGGGACGACCAAGGACAAGAUGCUGGUCAUCGAGCAAUGCAAGAACUCCAGGGCGGUCACCAUCUUCAUCCGCGGGGGCAACAAGAUGAUCAUCGAGGAGGCCAAGCGUUCCCUCCACGACGCCCUGUGUGUCAUCCGGAACCUCGUCCGCGACAACAGAGUGGUGUAUGGCGGUGGCGCUGCCGAGAUCGCCUGUGCCCUGGCCGUUAGCCAGGAGGCAGACAAGUGCCCCACCCUGGAGCAGUAUGCCAUGCGGGCAUUCGCCGACGCCCUGGAGGUCAUCCCCAUGGCGCUGUCCGAGAACAGUGGCCUGAAUCCCAUCCAGACAAUGACAGAGGUGCGCGCCCGGCAGGUGAAGGAGAUGAACCCAGCCCUGGGCAUCGACUGUCUACACAAGGGCACCAACGAUAUGAAGCAGCAGCACGUCAUAGAGACCUUGAUUGGAAAGAAGCAGCAGAUAUCGCUGGCGACGCAGAUGGUCCGCAUGAUUCUGAAGAUCGAUGACAUCCGGAAGCCUGGCGAGUCUGAAGAGUGA